AUGCCACCAGUGUUUCCCAUGUUAACAGUCCUGAGCAUGUUCUACUACAUGUGCCUUCGGCGCCGAGCUAGGACAGCCACGCGGGGGGAGAUGAACAGCCGCAGGGCCAUCGAGGCCAACACCCGAGCCUUACCCGUCAACGUCGAAAUAGUUCAGUAUGCCAAAGAAGUGCUGGAUUUCAGCUCUCACUAUGGUAGUGAGAACAGCAUGUCAUACACCAUGUGGAAUUUAGCAGGUAUCCCCAACGUGUACCCUAGUUCUGGUGACUUUACCCAGACUGCCGUCUUCCGAACUUACGGGACCUGGUGGGAUCGUUGCCCCAGCGCCCGGCUGCCGUUCAGGAGGACACCGACCACUUUCUGUAGCCAGGACUACGUGGAACUCGCUUUUGAAGAACCAGUUUAUCCCACUGCAGUGCACAUCCUGGAAACGUAUCAUCCUGGAGCUGUGGUCAGGAUUUUGGCAUGCUCUGCAAAUCCUUACUCACAAAAUCCACCAGUUGAAGUAAGAUGGGAAGUCCUAUGGUCCGAGGCACCUACGAAGGUGAAUGGUCCUCAGGCUCGGCAGUUCACACCUUGUAUCAAACAGAUAAACUUUCCCACCAACUUAAUCCGACUGGAAGUGAACAGCUCUCUUUUGGACUACUACACUGAACUGGAUGCAGUAGUACUACAUGGUGUGAAAGAGAGACCUGUGCUUUCACUUAAGACUUCAAUGAUUGAUAUGAAUGAUAUUGAUGAAGAUGAGGAUGAAGAAAAGUGUGACUGUGGGAUGGACACCCUUAAUAACCAGUUCAGCAUUGUUGCCCUCAGGGAAUGGCCGACUAACGGAUAUUUUGAUAAACUGCCUUAUGAGCUCAUCCAGUUGAUUUUGAGUCAUCUUACAGUACCAGACCUGUGUAGACUAGCACAAACUUGUAAGCUACUGUAUCAACAUUGCUGUGAUCCUCUGCAGUACAUUCAUCUCAGUUUACAACCUUACUGGGCACGGAUUAAUGACACGUCUCUGGAAUACCUACAGUCUCGCUGCACUCUCAUCCAGUGGCUGAAUUUAUCUUGGACUGGAAACAGGGGAGCCAUCUCUGUUUCUGGAUUUAGCAGGUUCUUGAAAGUCUGUGGCUCUGAACUAGUACGUCUUGAGUUGUCUUGUGGCCAUUUCCUCAAUGAAACAUGCUUGGAGGUCAUUACUGAAAUGUGUCCAAACCUUCAGGAAUUAAAUCUCUCAUCAUGUGACAAAAUACCACCUCAGGCUUUCAACCACAUAGCCAAAGUGGGCAGCCUGAAGCGUCUCAUUCUCUACCGAACAAAAGUGGAGCAAACAGCCCUGCUCAGUAUUCUGAACUUCUGCUCGGAGCUGCAGCACCUCAGCCUGGGCAGCUGUGUCAUGAUCGAAGACUAUGAUCUUAUAGCAAGUAUGAUGGGAGCAAAAUGCAAAAAGCUUCGCAGUCUGGAUUUGUGGAGAUGUAAAAACAUAACUGAAAGUGGAAUAGCAGAACUGGCUUCUGGCUGCCAGCUUUUGGAAGAGCUUGAUCUUGGCUGGUGCCCUACGUUACAGAGCAGUACAGGCUGCUUCACAAACCUUGCACGUAAACUCCCGAACUUGCAAAAGCUCUUUCUUACGGCCAACAGGUCCGUGUGUGACACAGACAUUGAGGAGCUGGCUGCCAACUGUCUGCAUCUGCGGCAGCUGGAUAUUUUGGGGACGAGGAUGGUAAGCCCUGCAUCUUUAAGAAAAUUGCUGGAAUCUUGUAAAGAUCUUUCUUUACUUGAUGUGUCCUUCUGUUCUCAGAUUGAUAAUAGAGUUGUCCUAGAACUGAAUGCCAACUUUCCUGAUGUCCUCAUAAAAAAGAGUUUCACCCAGUAACUCACUACAUAUGCUGCUGUGGAAUUUGUUUGACAAGAGUUGUUUCCUGUGAAUUUGUGCUGACGUUUUUUAAGAAUAAUAAACCCCUUAUGAAAUAGUGGAAAGUAUUAAUUAUCUACGCUAGUGGGUAAAAUACAUUUAAAUAUAUUAUG